CUUUUCCAUUCAUUCUUUUUGGCUUUUGCAAGUAUUUCAAAGCUAUGGACCCGCGCCAACUUGAAUGAGAGCCAGGCUCAUUCAUUAGCGGUGUGAGAUGGGAACUCUAAGAUUUGUGUAGGGAUGUUUGCAAGGUAUAAGUUUCGUACUUAUACGUGUCAAAGAAUAAAGAUUUCAUCAGUUCAAAAACAGUCCAAGAGCAAAGACUGCAGACCUAAAUCCAGCUAUUGUGCACUCAAGAAACAACAAAAUCAAUUCAUUUUCCUAGCACCUCCAUUCUCCACAGAUUCUCCACUUGCUAUUUAAGGAACUAAUUAAUGUAAAGGAAAAUGCUUGCAAUGGCGAAGUGUGUUGGUUUGGGCCCCUUGUAAACAAGACUGUGAUUGAUUGGGUCUGCACUCUGUUUGAUUUGUUCCUGUCAAGGUGAUGUAGGUUACUGCCCUUGUCUACAGCGUCAUGCCCUCAUAUUUCACCUGGACGCUGCACGGUCCACUCAAAUUGGUUGCCUAUUGACGGCACCAAAUAGUGACUAGGUAUUGAUUUAGUAUACCGGGGUGGGACUGGCCCCUCCUCCGAGGGCUCCGAACCCCCCUCCACCCCACCUCAAGAAUGCAUAAAUACAUUUUGUGGCAACAGACUCGAUAGAUAUUGGACCGCCAGCCUCUUUCUUCAAUCAGAGUUCAGAGCGAAAGGCUUCCCCUAGUUUGGACCAUACACUGAGGUGCAAUGGAUAGAGUGUACUCUGCCAACUAUUGCUUAGGACUGCUGGGCAUUCUGAUGCUGCAAGGGCUACUGAGUGUGGAGGGGAGGAGCAUUCUCAACACUGGAAACAAUAUUUAUUAUCCAAAAGAAGAGCCAGACGCUCAACGCCAGAUCCUAGCACUAUUACUGAAUAAAAGCCUGGUGCCAAUCCAAAGGAAUGACAUUCCAGGUCUUGAGCUGGUGAAUAAGUUAUCUCAACUAGAAAAGCUAAGAGAGGACCUGGAUCUAGAGAGGAAGAUCACCGCAGAUGUCAUGGCUGAAGUCAAAUCCCUACCGGGGAAACGCGGCGAACCCUGUUUCUGGAAGUACUGUGUUUGAGGGCGGCGGUGGAGACGGAGCAGGCCCUCUGUGCCCAGGGACAUUCACCCAGGAG